AUGGAUAAUACAGAUGCCAUUACCUCCUAUUUUGACUUUAAUACUUUAUUAAAUGGCAGUAAAUGUCUCAAGUGCCCAGAAGACAAAUGGCCUGAUAGCAGAAAAGAAGAGUGUCUUUCAAAGCUCAUUCAGUUCCUUUCUUAUGAAGAGACUCUGGGCUCCGCUUUAGCUUGUAUUUCAGUCUUGUUUUGUCUCCUUACAUUUUCAGUGUUCUGCCUGUUUAUAAUCAAAAGAAAGACCCCCAUAGUAAAGGCAAAUAACAGAGAACUCAGCUACCUACUUCUCAUCUCCCUCAUGUUUGGCUUCAUGUGUUCCUUGGCAUUCAUUGGCAGACCCAACCGGAUAAUGUGCAUGAUACGCCAGGUCAUGUUUGCUGUCAUUUUUUCACUUUGCGUUUCUACCAUACUAGCAAAGACUAUCACUGUUGUAAUGAUUUUUAGUGCUACAAAUCCAGACAGUAAACUAAAGAAACUAGUGGGACUACGAAUACCCAUUUACAUUGUCCCAGUGUGUACCAUGGUUCAGAUAAUUCUAUGCAUAGUUUGGCUGACCACAGACGCUCCAUUUGCAGAGUUCAAUAUGGCAGCAGAAAUAGGAAUAAUAGUGAUUGAGUGCAAUGAAGGGUCCAGGGUGUUAUUUGCUUGUGUCUUGGGGUACAUGGGUCUCUUAGCUUCCGUUAGUUUAUUUGUUGCCUUUCUGGCUAGGAAGCUCCCUGACACAUUUAAUGAGACCAAGUUCAUUACAUUCAGUAUGUUGGUAUUUGCCAGUGUUUGGGUGACAUUUAUACCUGCUUAUCUCAGUACCAAGGGGAAACAGACAGUGGCAGUAGAAAUCUUUGCCAUUCUCUCUUCAAGCGCUGGGUGUCUUUUUUGCAUCUUUUCUCCAAAAUGUUAUACAAUAUUACUGCACCCAGAAAUGAACACCAGACAGUACAUUACAGGGAGAAAUGCUAGAAACCGAGGGAUACAAUAGGCAUCUGAACUUAUCUGCAAACUUAGAUUGUAAGCUCUACGGGGCAGGGACCUCCUUCCUACUGUGUCUCAUACCACAUGGCACU